CUUUUAACGACGGGAGCGGCGGCUGGCGGGGUAGGAAAAUGGCGGCGGCGCGGCUGAGCGGCGGCGGCGAGAACCGUCUGGUGUCGCUGCCCCUCUCCCGGAUCCGGGUGAUCAUGAAGAGCUCGCCGGAGGUCUCCAGCAUCAACCAGGACGCGCUGUUCCUCACCGCCAAGGCCACGGAGCUCUUUGUCCAGUAUUUAGCCACUUACUCCUACAAACAUGGCCGUGGAAAAGAGAAGAGAGCCCUAACCUACAGUGACUUAUCCCAUACAGCGGAGGAAUCUGAAACGUUUCAGUUCCUUGCUGAUAUCUUACCAAAGAAGAUCCUCGCUAGCAAAUACCUGAAAAUGCUUGAAAGAGAGAAGAGGGAUGGAGAGGUGGAGGAAGAUGAUGAUGACGAUGAUGACCAAGAGGAAGAGAGUGAGGAGGAAGAUGCUGAAUCUUAAGGGUGUCAAAUAGCUAGUCUUUCCUGCAGUAUAAUGUAUUGAAUUGGCCCCCUGAUUUUUUCCAAGCUAACCCACAGUGAGUUUUUUGCAGGGAGGGGGAAAGGGGUUGUAACUUGGGAAUACAGCAGCUGGAUUCCCAUCUGUUUGAGAAUUGCUGUCUUGUUUACUUUAAAUUGAAACAACUGGAUAUUAGCCUGCUUGAAGGAAGGAAUUCUGCCCUUGGAAAUGGAAAGCCAGGGGAACUAUACAUGCAGAUCUUGAGACAGAAUCGUCUCAAAAAAUAUUUUAAAAUAAUAUCUUCAGACAAUCAUUAUCCAAAUAGAAGCAGGCUUGUAGGCAACUUUCAGCAUCAAUUCCAAAGGCCCUGGCUCCAUCUGGCUAGAUGGGACUCCUCUUGUAGCUAAUGCUUCUGCUUAACCAGUAGGGCUGUGGUGCAUACUUUAUAUACAGUUCUUACUCUGUGGCAGCCAAUGAACCAAGCACCUGAGACAGAAUCUCCACCUGUUUUCUAGCAUUCUGUUGGAGCGAUACCCAUGGACCAACCCCACAAAAACUAUAAUGUGGCUACUGUUGUAAUACAGUCUAAAUAACCAAGUCUGCAAGGAAUCUGGAUACAGGGAUAGACCUUCUGCAAUCCCUGGUGGUGCUCUGCAGCUGCAUUGGUGUUAAGAAGUAGAAGCGUUAGCUCAUGAUGUAAAUAUGUAUAUCUAGAUUUUUUUUCACCCAGAGGAUUCUACGUUUGUAGUUUGUCUAUAGUACUCUACCUAUCGACAUGUGUUGUUUGAAGUUUAUUAAAUAUAGAUUGCUCUAUGGCAAGAAAAUGAACAGUUUUACCAUUUGAGUGGUAGAGCUGGCAUAUUUUUACUACUAUAAAAAUGGAAAAUGUCCUGUGUAUUUUUUGAAAAAUACAUUUUUUACAAUAAAUUUUUAAAAAUGUGGAAAUUAA